UAAACAUCUACAAUUAUUGUCAUAAUGUUGUAGGCUAAUUUGUAAAGUCAAGCAACCAAAUGAUGGGGUAACAUGUCAAAAAUGUGGAGAUUUCAAAUGAAAUAAUUACUAUUUAUGUUCUUCUGAUAGAAUGAAAAGACAUAGAAACAAAAUUACUUCCCCUAUUUUCAUUCAAACUAAGAAAUAAUCCAGCAGUCGGGGUGUUUUUCUCCUUUUAAUCAAAGUGACAUUGAUGAACAAAUGUAGUCCACUAAUAUUAUUGUUUAAGUAUACUUUCAAAAGGACCUUCAAUACACAGUACUCGAGGAGAAGAAUUAAUGUUUUCACACCUUUCGACGCACAAAAGACUGCUGGUUUCGAUACACGACGACCCAGGGACAUGUAUCCCUUUAUGGAUCACAAGGACACUUCAAAGACUCAAAAGACCUCACAGACCAUCAAAAGACUUCAAGUUUCUAUAAGUGAACUUAGAUGGCCUGGCAGCACUCAUGACAUUCACUUUCCAGAGGACGGUGUAGGUGAAGGAUCUCACAGACAGUAGGCUCCUCUGCGUGGUGGAUUAUAACCGAGAUUUGACAUGAGGCGGUUUAUCUGCGGGGUCCUGAGCGCAGUACUCGCGCUGUGGGUCAGUCUGGUGAACUCCACGGCGUCGUUUCCUGGAUUCCACGAGGCGCUCAGGAAUAGGAUGCGAGCACCUGGCAAGAGCGGCGGAGGUCAGGCGGGUCAUAGCCGACACACCAACAGAUAUCCGCUCUACAUGAUGCACCUCUACCGGACCUUUCUGACCGGAGACGACAAACACAUCAGCCAUGAAAAUCCAUCUCUCUACGAGUCCGAUUCGGUCUUGAGUCUCGUCGCCAAAAGUUGCCAUCAGGUUGGUGAUAAAUUAGCCGUGACAUUUGACAUGUCCUCCAUAUCGGCAAACGACGACGUCCAGCGGUCUGAACUUCGCAUUCGCCUUCCAGAAUUCACCUCUGAGAUAGCAGUGGAUAUCUAUCAUGCAUCCAAACAAGAGUGCGACCGAAGCCCCUGUGACGAAGUACGGCUUCACCUGGGGAGUGUGAAAGCCAACCCAAGUGACCCAGGCUCCCAUUCCUCCUGGAGGAUCUUCAACAUCACAGCGCUGCUCAAGUACUGGUUGCACCAGGGUGAGAGCGUUUCCUCAGAGGAACCCGUCCAGAUGUCUUCAAGUGCUGAGAAAGAGGGGCACGAGAGCGUCCAGCAUCCUACAGCCAACAGGGUCAUGAUGGUGGUUUACACCAAGCAGAACCAGGCAAAGACCUCCACCCUCAUCCAGACUGCCGAGCACUCGAAGUAUGUCACUCUGGACCGGGCCGGUGGUGGAGGUGAACCUGUGCCUCGGCGUCACAGGAGGAACCACAGAACUGACGACAGAGUGCGAGACGCAGCAGCUGGCAUGAUUCCAGGUGUUUCACAAGAAGGUGAUGAGAAGAAAUCUCUCUGCAGGAAGGUAGAUAUGUGGGUGGAUUUCGAUCAGAUAGGCUGGAGUGAUUGGAUUGUUUAUCCGAAGCGCUACAAUGCCUAUCGAUGUGAAGGUAGCUGCCCUACACCUGUAGAUGAGACCUUUACUCCAACCAACCAUGCCUACAUGCAGAGUCUUUUGAAGCUGCACCACCCAGACCGCGUCCCAUGCUUGUCCUGCGUACCCACCCGUCUGGCUCCUCUCUCCAUGCUCUACUAUGAGAAUGGGAAGAUGGUCAUGAGACACCAUGAAGGGAUGGUUGUAGGAGAAUGUGGCUGCCAUUGAGUCUCCAAACCCCAAAUGAACUCAACACUAGCACUUUGGAUAUGCUCCUCAAACCCAGAAAAACAUAUUUAAGCACAAAUGAAUAUAAAUUUUCAAUUGUACAGUAUUUUCACUUGGAAUAAUUGAAGAAUCCUGCACUGUGGCACCUGGAUUACUUGAUGCUAUUUUUGAAAGCUUUGCAUGUUGACCUAAUUUGUAAAUAGUAGAGUAUGUAAAUUACCAAAUGUAAUAAAAUGUUUUCAUAAUGGUUAUUAAUGUAUUUUGUGUCUUGAGUUUGAAAAUCAUCAGCAGAAAAUGAAUAAGCCAAACACUUGUCAAUUCUCUGAUGUUUAUUGAUUUUUUUUAUGCUUAAAUGUCUCUUCAGGAAUAUCAGGGCAGUUUAGAGAACUUUACAGCAAAAAAAGGAAAAAAAAGAAGGCAUUUUACAUUCUGUUGAAUGACACUUUAGGUGAAAAUACUCCUCAGGAUAAACAAAAAUUUGAUUUUACCAUUACAAAAAG